UCCACACACAGCCCUAUCGAAGCACUCGGUUCCUCCGCCGAGAUAGGGAGUGAAAAAACGACAGAAAAAAGGGAACAAUGACUCCUAGCAUCUGAAGAACGAAGAAAACACCUCGUGGAUGCUGUAUGUGGUUAUCGUUUGAUAUUUUCGCGAGGAAGACUGGAAUAAUAUGCUGUGGACUGAGGCGGAAUGGAUAUGGCAAUGGGCCGAACGUAUUAAAUAAAGGAAAGCCAAAAGGAAACGUUUGACUACAUCGAAUUAUCACUCGUUUGCACGGGCUUGUUUAAUGGCUUCAUUUCUCGCCGCCACCGAACCUUGCCUUUUCUGUUCCACCGCUGAUAUUAAACACACUGUGGUUAAAUCGCGGUGGCUCGCUUGAGCCUAUAAAUGCCAAACGCUGGGACGACCAUUAGGGGCUGUUCAGACAGAACUCGUCUUUACGCUAAACGACGAAUAGAACUGAACGCCGUUGCCUCGAGACGCGUUUUUAAAAGUUGACGUUCUUGUUUGACCUGAUGCGGCGCUCCUGCGCGAGACGGUUAAAGACGUCCGUCUAGCGCAUAAUUACGUGGGAAAACAAUCAAAAACAGCGCAGACGGACGCUGGAACGUGUUUGUUGUGAGCGGCCCCUCAUUCGGCCUCGAAAUCAGAAGACAUCCACCUGAUCUGAUCUAACGCCGUCGACUUUCCAUUGGCUUCAACAUGGAUUUUAACGGCAGCGGCGGGGGAAAUGAGCUGCACAACAAUCAGUUUUAUCCGUCCGAAGAGAGUAAGCCGCUGCUCGGAGAAAUAUCCGCACAGCCGCCGCUGGAGGGGAAUAAUAAUCACAAAGCGGGGCCCUGCAGCAAGAGGACCCUUCUCCACAGCAGCAGCAGCGGCAUGAGAUACAAACUGCUCCAGGAGGGAGACAUACAGGUGUGCGUGGUCAAGCAUCCGCGGACCUUCCUUAGUAAGAUCCUCACCUCGAAAUUUUUACGGAGGUGGGAGCCGCAUCACCUCACCUUGACGGACAGCAGCCUGGUGUCUGCUACGCCCACUGGAUACAUGGAGGGCCCAUUGUCUUACAGCACUAUAGAGGACCUGCAGCUGUUAUCCUGGGACAAUGCUCCUAAAUACUGUGUCCAGCUAAGCUUUCCUGGAGGGACAGUCCUCCUGCAGGCUGCUAACAGCUAUCUGCGGGACCAGUGGUUUCACUCUAUACAGUGGAAGAAAAAGACUUACAAGUACCGCAAGGUUCUGAAUAACCCGAGCCGCUGGGAUGUGGUAUUAAAGGAGAUCAAAACUCUGGUGGAUAUGGCCUUGACAUCACCUCUGCAGGACGAGUCCAUCCAUCAGGCCCCACUGCAUAUCAUCUCCACCCUGCUCGCUGAGAACACCAACCUCAGCGCUCAGGACCAUGAGAAUAUUAUAGUGGCCAUCGCACCCCUUCUGGAGAAUAACCACCCUCCACCUGACCUGUGUGAAUUUUUCUGCAAGCACUGUAGGGAGCGUCCUCGGUCGAUGGUGGUGAUUGAAGUGUUCACUCCGGUGGUUCAGAGGAUCCUCAAACAUAACAUGGACUUUGGGAAAUGCCCCAGACUCCGUCUCUUUACUCAGGAGUAUAUUUUGGCACUGAAUGAACUCAACGCUGGCAUGGAAGUGGUCAAGAAGUUUAUUCACAGCAUGCAUGGUCCCACAGGACAGUGCCCUCAUCCUCGGGUGCUCCCCAAUCUCGUGGCGGUGUGCCUGGCUGCCAUCUACUCUUGCUAUGAAGAGUUCAUCAACAGUCGGGACAACUCUCCCAGUCUCAAGGAGAUCCGUAAUGGUUGUCAACAGCAGAGCGAGAGGAAGCCGCCCAUGCCUUUGCGUUUGUUGCGGCCUGAGCCGCCUACACCACCCCUGAACACCACCCUGUCCCCUCUCCCAGCCCUGCCCCUCUCACCACCACCUUCCAUCGUCAACUCCAGUGAGAUCAUGGUGGAACUGGAGCGGAACAACAACACUGCUAACACACUUCGUAAGGCCCCAGUAGAGGGCGACAGUGAGCCCAACCUUAUCGACUGUCUACUGGUUAGCCCCGCGCUCAACGCCCUGUCCAUUCAGCUGCCUGCCCAUGCCGACAGAGUGCUGGGCUGUUUCGCUCUAAUCCUCAAGAUGCUAUCAGACUAUGAUGACUGGAGACCAGCACUGGCCAGCCUGCUUCAACCCAUCCCCUUCCCAAAAGAGGCCCUUGCACAUGCCAAAUUCACAAAAGAAUUCAAAUAUGUCAUUCAGAGGUUUGCAGAGGACCCCAGACAAGAGGUCCACUCCUGUUUGCUCAGUGUGCGUUCAGGAAAAGAUGGGUGGUUCCAGCUCUACAGUCCAGGAGGCGUAGCUUGCGACGAUGAUGGAGAGCUGUUUGCUAGCAUGGUCCACAUCCUCAUGGGCUCCUGCUACAAGACGAAGAAAUUUCUUUUGUCCCUGGCCGAAAAUAAACUGGGACCCUGCAUGCUUUUGGCCCUGCGGGGGAACCAGACAAUGGUGGAGAUCCUGUGCUUGAUGCUGGAAUAUAACAUCAUAGAGAACAAGGACACUCAGCUACAGAUCAUCUCCACUCUGGAGAGCACCCAGGUGGGCUUGCGUAUGUACGAGCAGCUGUGCGACAGACAGAGGGAGCUUAAAGAACUGCAAAGAAAAGGAGGACCAACUCGACUCACUCUGCCCUCAAAAUCUACAGAUGCUGACCUGGCUCGUCUGCUGAGCUCAGGAUCCUUCGGCAACCUGGAGAACCUCAGCUUGGCGUUCACCAACGUCACCAGUGCCUGUGCCGAACAGCUCAUCAAGCUACCAUCCCUCAAACAGCUCAACCUGUGGUCCACCCAGUUUGGAGAUGCUGGACUGCGCUUGCUGUCGGAGCACCUUGCCUGUCUGCAGGUUCUGAACUUGUGUGAGACUCCAGUUACGGAUGCAGGCUUGCUCUCCCUCAGCUCUAUGAAAAGCCUGUGUAGUCUGAAUAUGAACAGUACUAAACUCACCGCGGACACCUAUGAGGACCUGAAGGCUAAACUACCCAACCUGAAGGAAGUGGACGUUCGCUACACAGAGGCAUGGUGAACUUGUUCAACAUCAUAAUUCUAGUGGAGAUUUCUAAACGCAGAAAGUCACAGACCCAUCAUCAGAACACAACAUAAUCACAAACAUGGAGAAACGAGGACAGCAUUUAUAGGAACAUCAUUCAAACCCAAGGACCUCAUCUCCUCAUAAUAUCAUAAACGUGUGUCAUCCAAAUAGAAAGUCGCUCUUGGUAGUGGCAUCAAAUGCAAGAAUAUGUCUUGUGUGACAUUAUCAGCACAGGAGCCUUGUUUCUAAUGACAUAAUGAAGGGGACUUUUUCGCUUUCAACUGUUUGUUUGUUCUUGCCUUUAAUCUCAGACCCCUCGAAGCAACAGUCGCCCUUGUUAUUACCUGUGUGUCAGUCGUAUCUGGCUUCCUUAAAUCAAUGUCCCCUAAAUCUAAGGAUUGCAUCCCUUUGUCCUUUUUUCCCCAGAAGUCAACUUUGGUUUGUCCUUCUCCUUGAACUAUCUGGAGCCAUUUCCCCUGUGGUACCAGCGUCUGGUGAAGGCCUGAAUAUUCAGAGCCACAUUCCAGUACAGUUUUGAGAUCACCUCCUGUGUGGAAAGCCAAAAUGUCCUUGUUACAUGCUCUUGGUUGUUUCAGUUCAUUCAUUUUGCUUCCACACAGAAAUUUCUGAUGUAAAAUGUAUCUAAAAAUGCUCACUUCUUGACCCAUUCAUCUCUAUUUCUGUCGCUCUGAAAAUAAUUUUUAACAACUUGAAUCUUUAAGCAUAUUUUCUAUACACUGCUUUCAUAUGUGUUUGUAUAGGAUGAAAAAAAAACCUCUGUAUCCCCUUUUGAUGUUUUUAAAGCAGACAUUUCAGGUGUUUGCUCUACAGCAAAACAGAAAAACUAUUAUUUGUGUUUGUCUUUUUCAUUUUUUCUCUCUUUUUUCAGCCACAUUGUACAGUUUAAUUUGUAUUUUACACCCAUAUUUAAGAGCAUGGUUGUUCAGGAAGUAGUCUGGGACUACUUUGUAUUUAUGAGCCCCAUUUAUUUGGUUUCUCUGGUCUUUUUUUUCUUUUCUUUUAUCAAGUACUUUUGUCAACUAAACCAAAAUGGUGCCUAAAAACAUUUUCUGUAAAGAUUGCAUCACCUAGCAACUCUGAGGAAAGUCAGCAUAGUUGUACAUAGAUAUACAUUUUGACUUUUAAACUGAUGAAUAGGCUUUAACCUGUAAACUUGCUGUGGUUGCCUAGAGGUCAAUAGGAGUCACCACGAGUGUCCUGCCAUAACAGUUAAGAAAAUGUUCUGUAUAUUUAUAGAAAAUGAACUAUUAAGCCAAGAUUUCUGCUAUGUUCGUUAUGGCUUAUGCAGUUUAACCUUUUUUUUAUAUUUUAUUUUCUCACUUUUGUGAUAAAUCUCUCUGAAAACAUAUAGUUUUUCAUCACUUAAAUAAGUUACUGACAGUCUCUUGAUUAGUAGAGAACUAAUACUAUAGAAACAAUAUCUCAUAUCUCAUGAAAAAUAGUGAGACAUAAAACGGUCAAUUUAAGUUGCAAUCAUAACUUAAGUGGUUUUCUUUAGAAAUUCUUAUUCUGAUUCAUGUUUACAAAGGAGGGUCUGUUUCGACUCCUAUUUAAAACUAGAGAAAGAUGGACUGUGUACCGAGUUGCUGCCCCGUCCGUGUGGCCGGUCUUAAACUAGGCAGUUUUUGAUUGGCCCAGCUUAUGUGUGCUUAAAAUUUCACACAGAAAUAGAUGCCGUCCAGGGGGAGUUCAGGACUGGGUUCCAUAAAUGGCAUUGGCACCAACUUGCGUUCUGCCAUCUUUAGUCUGAACCUUGCAUAGUUGCAUACUGUAUAAUGUACAUACAAGUAUAUAAUUUCCUUCCACUCUCUGUUUGAUAUUUCUGUUUCUCUUUCUCUCAUGUUUUUGGGAGACUUUGGUUGCCUUCAUUUUUUUUAGAUGAGUGCAUAUGGUUGCCUAUUUUCGUUCACUCCCUCCCACAGGCCAAAUGCACUGUCAUUGUGUUCAGUGGUUGUUUCUUUUAAUUAUUUUUAUUGUUUGACAUUUUGAGAAGGUCAAUCCAUUUUUGUUGUCUUAUUUUAUUAGAUUCUUUUUUUGCCUCUUUUUGCAUGUUGCAUCUGCAGAUGUUGCAUUUUGUAAUUUUAUCAUGGAGAUUUAAAUAUAAAGGGUAAAAUCACUAGUUCUAAAACCAGCCCUACACUUAAACUUCUUCAACCACUUACCAUGUGGAUCAGUACAUGUUUCUAAAUGUGAGAGAUGGACAGAAUUCAUGCGUGUAUGUUCUACAUUUGUGAGUGGACUGGAAACUGGCAUUUUGUACGCUAGUGAAACUCAAGCAGUGGUAACAAGAAAGUCAUACUUGUUUAAUGGUCUUCAGUUGCUGCUUUUAACAGCAGACCAUUUUUCUCUGCGGGAGAAGGAAUUUAGGGGAAUGGGUUCCCCCAAUACUCAUUUUGCCUAAAAGAUUUCAAAAAAUGCCAUCUUUUUGUCUUGAUUCAAGAACACCGAGACAAUGGCGAAUCUAUUUAUUUUAGUGGAAAUUGUGUUUUUACUUCAGUAACUUGGGAAACUGUUUCCUCCACACCUCUUAUUAUUUGUUAUUAUGGAGUUCACUGUGCUAUUUCUGUUUCCAAUGUUUUCUUACCUACAUCUUCUUUUUGAUCCUCCAUUUUUUGAAAGUGCUUUCUGCAAUGUUGAAUUGAGAUUGAGUCUUAAUAUGAUUUGGGUGGGGUUCCUACAGCCCCAGUGGCACAGCCGUGUACAUAAAAAGAAAAGACCUGCAUUUCCCAUGACUCCUGGAGUUUCUUUUGUGUUUAUCUGCUCCUAUCUACAGCUGGGUUACUGUUGCUCUAUGGCUGAUGUAAUGAGAACACACAAACUUCAACAGGAAAAUAAGCCUAAUAUGUGAACCAGUUUCAAUCAAAAUAAACUGUCUGUGAAUA